AUGGAGAAGGCUGACUCUGGGCAGAAGCUAUACACACGAAUGCGGCUAUGGGAGUUUCCUGAUCAGUAUGUGAUUGAGCCCACUGAUGGCUCUCAUGGUUCCUCUUUGGCAGUUAGUAGGGUUGAUGGGUCUAUGCAACUCAUUGAUAAGCUUCCAGAUUCAAACUCUGUUCGGGUUCCUAAAAUUCGAACUAUUUUUGGUGUCGUUGGAAUUCUAAAGCUUUUGGCAGGAUCAUAUUUGAUGGUUAUAACAGACCGUGAAUGCGUCGGUUCUUACUUGGGGCAUCCUAUCUUUAAAGUUUCAUCGUUGAAGGUUUUCCCCUGUGACCACUCUUUAAAGAAUUCCCCUACAGAACAGAAAAAGAUGGAGACUGAGUUUUCUGGGCUGCUAAAUAUAGCAGAGAGGACUCCUGGUCUUUAUUUCUCAUAUGAGACCAAUUUAACGCUGAGUGCACAGCGAUUGCAUGAUUUAGGUGAUGAAUCCAAAUUGCUUCCACUUUGGAGACAGGCAGAGCCUAGAUUUCUCUGGAACAAUUAUAUGUUGGAAGGGCUUAUAGAUAGUAAGCUUGACCCUUAUCUGCUUCCUAUUGUUCAAGGGAGCUUUCAUCACUUUCAAGCAGCCAUUGGAAAAGAUAUUAUUGAUGUUACUCUGAUUGCUAGGAGGUGCACUAGGAGAAAUGGCACUCGGAUGUGGAGAAGAGGAGCUGAUUCUGAUGGGUAUGUAGCAAAUUUUGUGGAAACUGAGCAGAUUAUGCACUUGAAUGGGUUUACAGCAUCAUUUGUCCAGGUUAGGGGGUCAAUUCCGUUGCUUUGGGAGCAAAUUGUUGAUUUAACAUAUAAGCCUAAGUUUGAACUUGUGCGACUUGAGGAAUCUCCCCGAGUGGCUGAGCGGCAUUUUCUGGAUUUAAGAAAGAAGUAUGGGGCUGUGUUAGCUGUUGAUCUUGUGAACACGCAUGGAGGUGAAGGACGCUUGAGUGAGAAAUUUGCAAAUGCAAUGCAGCAUAUUGUUAGUGAUGAUCUAAGAUAUUGGCACUUCGAUUUUCAUCAUAUCUGUGGGCACGUCCAUUUUGAGCGCCUCUCAAUCCUUUAUGAACAAAUUGUAGAUUUCCUCGACAGGAAUGGGUAUCUUCUAUUGAAUGAAAAGGGCGAGAAAAUGAAGGAGCAACUAGGAGUUGUAAGGACCAAUUGCAUUGAUUGCUUAGAUCGUACAAAUGUUACCCAGAGCAUGAUAGCCCGAAAUAUGUUGGAAGGCCAACUUAGAAGGCUUGGGAUUUUUGCUGCUGAAGAAACUAUUAGCUCACAUCCCAAUUUAGACGAAUGCUUUAAAAUCUUGUGGGCUAAUCAUGGGGAUGAUAUAAGCAUCCAGUAUUCCGGCACUGCUGCUUUGAAAGGGGAUUUUGUAAGAUGUGGGAAGCGAACAAUGCAAGGGAUCGCUAAGGAUGGAAUCAAUGCCCUUCUACGUUAUUAUUUCAAUAACUUUGUUGAUGGAACCAAACAGGAUGCAAUUGACCUCCUGCAAGGACAUUACAUUGUCUCUGUCAGCAGAGAUAUGACACCAUCAUCUCAAAAGGGAGGACUUGAGGCUGUUGCUUCAUUUCCACUGGCUUUAUCAUUCGUUUUGACAGGGUUCUUUUUCGCAACAUUGUCAUUGAGGCAAGUAAGGUACGAUCUACGACACUUGUUCUUCUCAGUGAUAUGGGCUGGUCUAAGUGUUGCUAUAGCUGCAUUUGUGAGGGCCAAUGGGCGUAUCUUCUGCAAUAGACCCCGUCUACACAAGCCUCGGUGUUGA